UCCUCUUGGACACUUUGACUGGUUGUACCGUGUAUGCAUUUCCGUAAGAAAACCUGCUGUUAUUCUGUUGGUCCUACGGAGCAACGAUUAGAUUGAGGGAUAUUGAUCGAUGGGAAAAAGCUGGUGGGGUUGAGGGUUUGCAUCAAACAUGACUGAGGGAGAGGACCUGGUAUCUGUUGAUUAUGAAGUCUUUGGGAAGGUGCAAGGAGUGUUUUUCAGAAAAUACACACAGGCUGAGGGAAAAAGGCUUGGUCUAGUUGGUUGGGUUCGCAACACAGUAGAUGGGACUGUAGAAGGCCAACUCCAGGGUCCCUGCAGCAAAGUCCAGGAGAUGGAGACGUGGCUAGAGAAGAAAGGCAGCCCCAAGUCCAGAAUAACUCGGGCUGAAUUUCACAAGACCAAGAUUACACAACUGGAGCAUAGUGAUUUUAAGAUUGUGAAGUAACCUACCAUUCUUUUGAGGUCCUAGCUGCAUGUUUUGAAGUGUGUGCCAGUAAGAACUGGUGGCAAAAUUGAAUAUUUUUGUUGACUUUAUCCCCUACUCAGAAAUAAAUCUGAGUAAAUGUGGGGAAGUAUUCACUGUUGUUAUGAUUUGUAUAUAUAAGUUCAGGACAUUGGAAUUCUGUAUCUUUGUAUUUAUCAGUUGUAUUAUACAAUUCAUUUUCAUGCUAUUUGUGUAGUUUGUUAGCAUAGUUUGCCUAUGUCUGUAAAAAAUGGCUUGACACUUCCCUUUCUUAAGAAUAAUGGUGUCCAUUAUAACUUUAAAGCUGUAUUAAUUAAUAUUGCAUUCAUCAUAAAGAUUAUUUCUGCAAAAGAUUCAGAAAAUAAUUAGAAUAGAUAUGGAGACACCGCCAUAAAGUUCUUUUUAGCAUUCUGAUAUUCCAAGGAUUUUCUAGCUGUAGUGUCAGCCAUUGCUAUUAGAGUCUGUUUGUAAUGAGUAACUGAGCACACAUUGUCCAUUUUUGUUCACAGCUGCACUCAACACGUUAUGAUUAUCAUAAAGAUUAUUGAUGUAAAUAAUUAAAAACAUGAAUGGGAUAAAAAUGAAGGCAGUGUCAGAGAGAUCUUUUUGACAUUCUGACAUCCCAGAUGAUGUGACUAUCUACUGCAGAGUCCAUCUGUAAAGAGUAACUGUGAAUCCUAAUUUUUUUCCAGUUUAAGUAACUGAUCAGUCCACUCGCUUAACACAUUUGUUGGUCACCUAAGCCUUUUUCAGAAUUUAGCUAUUUUGACUGAUUUUUCUUGUUUCACAGUAUUUUUGUGAAUUUGGUAUUUGUCCUCUCAUGACAUUCCACAAACAACUUGCUAUCAGUUCUUGUUUGGAGAAAUAUGGCAAAAUUUCUAAUUGUAAGUGCCACCUGUAGCAAAAGGCUUUGGCUGAGAAUGCAAGUCAUUUACAAAUAAAUUGUAUUUUAUAAGCACAGAAGACUAUCAAACAUAA